AUGGUUCUUCUGCGCCAGUACCUCUGGGCCUUGGUGAUCCUUGGGAUGAUUUUUGUGUCUGUGGUCAUCAGCCUCAUCUUCCUGCUGGUCAACAAAUGCAUAUCUAGAAAAAGAUCUCUGAACCAUCUGAAGAUAAACUGUGUUGUUUCAGGGGCCCAGAGCUACGAGAACCUGUCUGAUGAGCACGACUACGAGGAGUGUGCCGACCAGAAGCCGGACUCUGUGAAGCUGGAGGCUGAGACACAGAUCCUCCGCCCCCCCCCACCAGGCACUGAUCCGGAUCAGGACCCCAAAAUGAAAUCUGGUCUUUCUGUGGCCCAGAGCUACGAAAACCUGGCUGAGGAGCAGGACUACGAGGAGAGCACAGAGCAGCUGCCGGACUACGUGAAGCUGGAGGAGGAGGUCCAGCUUCUGGGUCCUGCUCCCCUCUACUCUGAUCCUCAUCCACACAGGAGUUCUGGUCUUUGUGGGGCCCAGAGCUACCAAAACCUGGCUGAGGAACAGGACUACGAGGAGAGCACAGACCAGCAGCCGGACUACAGCUACGAAAACCUGGCUGAAGAACAGGACUACGAGGAGAGCACAGACCAGCAGCCGGACUACGUGAUGCCAGAGGGGGGGGCAGAGGUCCUCCCCCCCCCCCCAGCAGACCCUGAGGCUGACUGCAGCUCCUCUGAGGACUACGAUGACAUUGGAGGAGGAGAGGAGGAGGAGGAGGAGGAGGAGGAGGACUAUGAUGAUAUAGCAUGA